UUUUAAUGUUUGUAGUGACAAAAAUAGGAUAAGGCUAUUCCGCAGAGUAUUUAUUUAUUUAAAGAUAAUAGUGUCUAACUAGUGAAUCGCUGCGGAUAACUUAUGGCUAUGAAAGUCUUCAAAUAACAAUAGUAAUCUUUGUAUGAAAAUGAAAUAAAAAUGAUGCAGUUAUUAAGCAACAUUCCUGGAGUAAUAAGAGUUAGAGAAUGUGAAUGUGAUGGCUGCAUUAUGAUGGAUUAUGCAAAAUAGGGAAACCUGCUACAAUAUUUAAAGUUAUAGAAAUUCACUGAAGAAUUUUCAAGACAUUAUUUUAAGUAAAUAAUCUAAAGUAAAGAUACAUUAAAUGAUAGUAAUUUCUGAAAUUCACAAAAAAGGUGUGGCUCAUAGAGAUCUAAAAUUAGAAAACAUAUUAUUAGAUGAUAAUUUCAACAUCCUUAUUUGUGACUUCGGAUAUGCAAUUAAGUUUAUGGAUGCUUAAGGAAAAAGAAUUAAGAUUAAUAAGUAUAUUAUCUACUUAAAUUUAGUUAUGUUGGAUCUCCUUCAACAGCAGCUCCUGAAAUAUUCCUUUAAUAGCCUUAUCAUGGAAUUGAAGCUGACUUAUUUUAAUUAGGAGUUAUUUUAUUUUAAAUUACUUCUGGUUUCUGUCCAUUUUAGACAGCCAACAUAAAAUCAGAUUAAGUAUAUUAAUUAAUUUACAGGUAUUAUCUUAUUAAUCUUCUUUUUAGGAAAUAACAUAAUAAAUUUUGGGAAAUUUAGUAAGUUGAUUUUAGUCCUGAAUUGAAAGAUCUAAUCAUAAAAUUGCUAGCAUUUAACCCUAAUUAAAGAUUAUCUGUAAAAAAUAAUAUUUAUGUCAUUAGAUUUCAGAAAUUUAAACACAUCCUUGGAUACUAAAAUCUGGGGUUGAUGAUUCACUAAUUGUUCAUGAAAUGAGCAAUAGAUAUCAACAGAUACUUUAAAUUUCACAAAAUUAAGAAUAAUGA